GUGGACGGGUUUUUGCCCACCUUUGCGAAAACUAGCCGGAGUUUGUGCAAGGAGUUGGAACGGUUCCUGCCGGCUUGAGAGGUGAACAUUCAGUAUCAGGUUGAGAAGUGUGCACUCAAGUCAAUAUGUGCUACUUUUUUCCAAUAUGACAUUGAAGAACGUGAUGAAAAAUGGAACAAAUCAUAUAUCAAUAGUAUUGAUCGGCUGACCUCGUUAAUAAAUCAAAGAAUUUUCAACCCCUUGAAACACCUUGAUUUUAUGUAUCAGAUGACUUCAGGCUAUCAGGAAGAAAAUAAGCAGUUCAAUAUAUUCCAGCAGCUACCGAAGGAGGUGAAAGCUAUGAUGACUGAAAGACAGCAGCAAUUUCCUAAGGACAUCACAUCCCCACAUUUCAUCGACCGUGUCUUCCAAUUGAGCAAAGAUUCCACAGACCCGGAAGCCAUCCAAGACCACCUGGAGACGAUCAUUUUUGCCGGCAGUGAAACAACCGCUACCACCCUCGCUACGACCCUGCUGAUGCUGGCCAUUAAUCGCGAUGUCCAGGAAAAGGUCUUCCAAGAAAUAAACACCGUUUGUCCAAACCCGUUCGAGCGCGAGUUCAUCGACCAAGGCGCCCUGUCCCGGCUGGUCUACACGGAACAGGUCGUCAAGGAAACGAUGCGACUCUUCCCGAUCGGACCGAUCGUGGCCCGCAAAGUGACGGGCGAUGUCCGGCUGACGCAGGUUACCGUUCCGGCCGGGGCGAACGUCGCGAUUCCGAUCUUCAAACUGCAGCGCAACCCCGAGUACUGGGGUUCGGACGCCGAGGCGUUCGAUCCUGAGCGCUUUUCGCCCGAACGUACGGCCCGUAGACAUCCGUACUGCUACAUACCGUUUACGGCCGGGUUGCGCAACUGCGUUGGAAUUCGGUACAGCUGGCAGUUGAUGAAGGUGGCACUGGUUCACCUGCUUUGGCGGUUCCGAUUCUCGUCCGAACUAGCGAUGGAGGACCUCCAGCUGAAACUGUCCAUGGUGCUACGGAUCGAGAAUGGAAGUGUGCUGAGGAUCGAGCGGAGAUGAGUUCGAUAGCAGUGUGUUUAAAGAUGAAGAUUUAUCCUCUGGGCUUAGCAAACAAAUAAAAUUACAUGCUGAUGUACGUUUCCAGCAUCCUAAACAUCUGUUAGGCAAAUUAAGGAAGCAAUUUUUCUGUAUAUCUACUGAGAACGUCACAACGCAACAGACUCUCAUCACUACAGUUCAUCAUUUUGCGAUCACGAAGUCAACUGUUGAAGCAGGCAAACCAACUUCAAUUCAGCCGGGUUGCGAUCAAUUAGCUCUUCAUACUGUA